AUGACCAUUAAAGGAUUCAUACAAUUUAUAAGUAAGAAAAUUCCAAAUACCAUUAAAAGAAUAGAUGAUAUAAAGAGUUUCAAGGGAAAGAAAUUCAUAAUUGAUGGGACGUUCUUUAUUUAUAAAUUUAUGUAUGUUGCUUGGAAACACAUAUUAAAUGAUAAAAAUCGUGAAAGUAAAUAUAAAUCUAAUGAGUUAACUACUCAUCUAUUAAUAAGACAGUACAUUAUUAAAAAGAGUAUACAGUUACUAAAGAAUCAACAUGAAUAUUUUAAAUCUUUAAAAAUUAAUACACUCUAUAUAAUUGAAGAUAUUGGCGCUAGAUGUGAAUUACAACCAGUUGAUUACAAGUGUAAAAAGCAUGUAUGGAAAGAAAGAGAUUCCAUUCGAAAAAAAAGAAAUUUAUUUGACAUCUUAAAUGUAGACACAUCAAAGAAGGAUGCUUCCGCCAAUUCGCAGUCAUUAAGUGAAAGUGGUUUAAAUAGUUGUAACAGUAGAAAUUGUAGCAGCGGUAAAAGUAGUGGUAGUAGUAGCGAUAGUAGCAGCAUUGGAAGCAGUAGUAGUAAGGACGAAACAAAUGGAAACGUGAAUAAACAUAUUUGCGAGAAAAAGAUUAGUAUAAACAAUAUAUGUAAAAAAAAAAACUCGAAAAAAAGAAAAUUUGAAAUAAUUGUUGAUGAAGAUGGCGUUGAUGAUUUAUUUAAAAAGAACAUUUUUAUAAAAAUUAAUUCUAAAACAGCAAAUGAUAUUUACAAUUAUUUGCUAUUAGAAAAAAUUCCUAUUUUUAUAACAAAAAAUGAUGCAGAGAAAGAGUGUGCAAUACAGUGCUCGCACGAGAAAGAUGUCGUUGUUUCAGAUGAUACGGAUGCUCUAGCAUUUGGAGCUCCAAAUUUAAUAAGAUUUGUAACUAAUAAAAAAAAAAGACAUAUAAUUAAUAAAGAUGAGCUUUUGAGUGAAUUAAAUAUAAAUUAUGAACAGUUCAUAGAUUUUUGUAUUUUGUCUGGAUGUGAUUAUAGUGCAAAAAUACCUGGAAUUGGUCCCGUAAAAGCUCAUGAAAUUAUCAAAAAAUACAAAACAAUAGAAUCGUUUUUAGAAUCAAGUGCUUUUAACAAAUAUAGUAAUUCCAAGCUCUUUAAUCAAAAAUUAAAUGAAAUAACUAUGUCAUUAGAUGAUUAUAUUGUUAAUGAAUUUACUUAUGAACAAGCAAGGAAGGUAUUUUUUAAUUCAUAUUAA